AUGACGCAGGGCCAACAGGCGCCCUAUCAGGACGCCACCAACGGAGGGGCUCUGGGCGAUGCCAUUGACCAAGAAGACAGCAUCAAUGAGCAAACGCCGCUGCUCGCGACCAAGGACAUUGCCCCCACGGCCGACCCUCUUGUAGCCAAGGCGACGGUUGCGGCUGCGACGGAGGGCAACGGCAGCGCUGGGCAUGACGACGAGGACAAGCCUCUGCCCGUAUGGCAGAUCGUCCUCCUGUGCUACGCGCGCCUGGUGGAACCCAUGGCUUUCUUCUCCAUCUUCCCCUACAUCAACAAGAUGGUUCAGGAGAAUGGCGGCCUGGAGCCCGAGGAUGUCGGCUUCUACGCCGGCCUGAUUGAGUCGCUGUUCAGCCUGACCCAGGCCAUCGUCAUGAUCUUCUGGGGCGAGGCUGCGGACCGCAUCGGCCGCAAACCCGUCCUCGUCUUCUCCCUCUUCGGCGUCACCCUCGCAACGUCCAUCUUCGGCAUGGCCAAGACCAUCUGGCAGAUGAUUCUGUUCCGCUGCCUGGCGGGUGUGUUUGCCGGGACGAUCGUCACCAUCCGGACCAUGAUUGCAGAGCACAGCACCCAGAAGACCCAGGCGCGCUCCUUCAGCUGGUUUGCCUUUUCAGGAAACCUCGGCAUCUUCCUCGGGCCUCUCCUGGGUGGCGCAUUGGCCGACCCGGCAGGCCAGUACCCCAAGGCCUUUGGCAACAUCCAGUUCUUCAUCGACUACCCUUAUGCGCUGUCCAGCUUCGUGGUCGGCAGUGUGGGACUGACGGGCGCCAUAGCGGCGGCGGUGUUCGUGAAGGAGACGCUCAAGAAGGAGCCUGGCGACGAUGUGCACCAUCCGAACAAGCCCAAGAGAGACAGUCAUUCGAUCAUUAAGCUCGUCAAGGCCCCGGGUGUGGGGAUGGUGCUCUAUGUCUACUCGCAUAUCAUGAUCUUAGCAUUCUCAUACACGAGCUUGGUUGCAAUUUUCUGGUACACGCCUGUGGAGCUCGGUGGUUUCGGGUUCACGCCGCUGCAGAUAUCGAUCAUGAUGGCGGUCAACGGCAUAGCCCAGGCGACCUGGCUGCUGCUGAUCUUCCCGCCGCUGCAGCACCGCAUCGGCACGAAUGGCGUCAUGCGGCUAUGCGCCUACGCGUACCCGGUCUUCUUCUUCCUGUGCCCGCUCGGCAACCUCAUGCUGAAGCAGCAGACCGAGGCCGCUGUCAAGGCGUUCUGGGUCAUCGCGCCCGUGGUCCUCGUCUUUGGCUGCGGCAUCAGCAUGAGCUUCACGGCCAUCCAGCUGGCGGUGAAUGAUGUCACGCCCAGCCCGCAGGUGCUGGGCACGCUCAACGCGCUCGCCCUGACGGGGGUCAGCAUCAUUCGGGCCUUCACGCCGGCGCUGUUCAACACCCUCUUUGCCGUGGGGGCGCGCACGCAGUGGUUCUACGGGUACGCGAUCUGGGUGCUCAUGGUCAUCCUGGCGGCGUGGUUUGCUGUCGUCGCGAGAUGGCUGCCUGAGAAAGAGGACCUGGUCCGGGAGCGGGAGCGGCGGAGGCAGGAGCAGGAGCAGCAGGAGAACUCUGCGGAGUGA